UCCUCUGCGUCCCGCGAUGUAAAAAUAGAGCACGUGAAUUCAGAAGCAAUGACCACCCAAAAUAGUGCCAUUUUUAGCCAUUGAGUGCUGACGUUUACAGUGGCUUCAAAUAGCUUCCGUUUUGCACUGGUUGUGAUUGGACUGUGCUGUACUUACCAGGGAGCUAGCACACUUUGGCUGAUCAAGUCCGACACUCUACACUUCAAUGGAGGAACAGCCCAGAGAUCGGGCACAAGACAAACUAUAUCCCCAACACGGCGUGGACAGACAGUCAAUUCAACACACAGCUGGUUUAAAACAUGAUCAGAGCCACAUCCAGCGCCAGCAUCAGGAAACGCACACGAAGAAAACAGGAUAUACAAAAUUAAACAGCAACGAGGAAAGGGAGAAGAAUCUUAACUCAUCUGAUAUUGUUGGCAUGUCACAUCCCACCAACGGAAAUGGUAGCAGACUUGCAAGUACUGUAACUGUUAAGCAGAAAUCAUCACAGAGGCUGUAUAUGACUGUCCCCAAAACAAGCAGCAAAACUUUGGAUCACAAGAGAAAUAUGGACCUUAAAAAUGACAAGGCCUUGGAAUUAAAUCAUCAUGAUGACCAAUCUGUGGAUAAAAAGGACACUGUGUUGCUUCAAAAUGGCAUUGUAAAUUGUGGCAUUCUUACAAAUGGGUAUUCUAGCAAGGACAAUGAUGGCAGCAGUUCUGACGGUGGAUAUACAACUCCCAAGAAGCGGAAGGCCAGAUGUAACAAUGUCAAGAGCACUGACAAUGUGACACGUGAAAAGGACAUGCAACAAGCCAAUAGCAUGCAGGAGCCCGGGGCUUUCAGUCUGGACUCAAAUGAGAAGUUGGCCACUUCUCGACUGGAGACGGUCAAAGCUCCUGCUGCUACUCGGAGGGCUGUUUCCUCGGAUGCUCUAGUGGGAGAAUCACAGAGGAAAAACGUUGAUAGUAAAUCAGUUGGCACCUUUAGUAAAAAGACUGAGGAAAGGCAUAAAGCCAAACUGUCCUCCCCUUCAAAAGAGGACUCUUGGACUUUGUUUAAGCCCCCUCCAGUAUUUCCUGUGGACAAUAGUAGUGCUAAAAUUGUUCCUAAGAUCAGUUAUGCAAGUAAAGUAAAAGAAAACCUCAACAAAGUAGCUCAGUCUGCAGGAGAGGGACUUCCUCCUCCUGUUCGUCUGUCCCAGGUCCCCAUGUCUGCUAUGAAAACUAUCACCUCAGCUAGCUUUACUAAUGGUCCUGUUUCUGGGAAUAGUUGUCCUUCUGUGGGCACCUUCUUUACUCCUGCUGCUAAUAGUAUUCCACCAGCCCCAUCUGUCCCAGGUGGCGAGAAUGUAGCAUCUUCCCUGGAAAGUAAUUGUAGCUCUACAAGUAGUCCUAUAGAUGGAGACACAUAUGAUAUUAGAAAAUGUACUCUUUUAAUUUACCCUUUAAAUAUGCAACCUGUGCUCCCUAGUGCUCGCCACCUUGACCCGCCAGCUGCUCAGACAAAUCAGAAAGCCUUAGGAGACAUCUUCCAGAAUCAGUGGGGGCUCUCCUUUAUCAAUGAGCCCAAUUUGGGUCCAGACGGAGGAAGUGGACAGGUGCCUACAGAGGAAGACUCCUCUGUGUCUGCGGCUCAAAGCCAGUGCCAGCCCUGCUUUGAGAACACCUCCUUGCUCUCUGAUCCAGCCAUGUUGGCCCAGGACUCUGAGAAAAGGACUCGUACUUCUUCCUCUCCUGUCUGUGUCUCUAACAAAGAGGGCAAACUCCAGCAGGGUGGUCAGGACAAGACAAAAGAGGAGGGCAAGGCUGCUUGCUUUGCUGUGGGCCUGGGGAAAGAUACCGGUGCUAAAUGUGCCCAGGGCCCUGUGACCACUGUGCUGUUUGGCUCUGUCAAAGAGUCCGCUCACUUUAAAGACAAUGGCAGGAGGUGUAGCUGGGGCUCCUUUGACAUAAAAGCUGCUGUCAUGUAUCACACUAAAGAGAUGGAAAUUAUUUUAAACUUGCAAAAACAAGAUCCCAAAAGAGUAGUGGUUUAUAGUGGGUCCAGGGAUGGACCUGACCAGUGAGGAAGACCAUCUACAGUCCAACAUCUUUGGAAAGCCUGUUGGAUAACUAAAGUAACAACUGUGAAACUAUUGAUAGUUUAGCAUGAAUGAUUUCCUUUGGACUCAAGAAUGGAGCAACAGACUUGUGAAGAAAUGACUUUGACACAAACCUUUUGGAGGGCUGUGCUAAAGGAGUCGACUGGUGCCUCUCCAUGAAUGGACACGUGCGGCUUUGGGUUGUGAGGGCUGUUUGUGGCUCUGUUAGGAUCAUGUUCGACUGCCUCCCAAGCCUUUAUCCUGUUCAACUACAGCAGUCGUCAGUGUGAUUAUUAUGGGAUGCCUCAGCUAUUCUUUCUCAGCGCGUUCUUAUGAGUUCAAUGUGAUAUGUUAGACGUCAUAUGUGCACGACUGAGUGCAAGCUUGAAAACAUGAACACACUUUAGAAAACAAUGCCUUGAAGUGGUGGCAUUAUCAUCUUCCUCUUCAAACUGUAAGCCCAGGGGGCGCUCACGAGUAAGACACCCUUCAGGAAGAAGAGCCUUGUCUUAAACAUUUAGAGGGAAAACAUAAAGUUUUUUUUUUUUCUAUCCUUUUGUUCUAACAAAUGUGUGCUGCACUGCAGUACACCGACAGUAUACAAACAGCUGCAAGACUGGAAGGAAAGCAAUGGCCCUCCCCUUUAAUUUAAAACAAUAUUUUAACAGCAAUCCUUGUGAUUUUUAAGCUUUCACACAUUUCAUGCUUCUUACUAUAGUGUUUGUUGAAUUCACUUUUACCUAAAAGUUUUAGAACAAAUUAACUUAAGAGACAUGUUUGGUCUGCUGCACUGUUUUUCUACAGUAUGACCACAGGUUUUUAUUUCUGAAUUUUAUUUCAGUGGUAAAAAAAAAAAAAAAAAAAAAAAAUUGGCUUUUUGCUAGUUUUAUUUUCUCUGAUUGGGACUUGAUUUUAUGAUUUCUGUCCUUUUUGUUGUUGCAUGUGUACUUGUGGAAAUAAAUCAGGCUUCAUUACCACAUUAAGAUAGCAGUAACAAAAAAUAUUGCAAUACUAUCGAAGAGCCCUGACGAGCCACUUGUAUUGACAAAAUGUAUUGGUAUGUGGAGGUCCGUUUUAUCUUCUACUGUUAAAAACGUUUUAUAAAUCUGCAAAUCUGUGUGCAAUAACAUUGUAAUCUGCGUACAUGACAUGAUCCCUACUUACAAUUUAGCUGAGAUGCUGGUGUCCCCUCCAGGUCUAAACUCUGUUCACAGGCAUCAUCUGAAAAUGACUGCUUUGUGUGGCUUUUUCGCUUUCAUUCUCUAAUCCAAGGUGGUCUUUAUGUCCGUAACAAAGGGAUUAUCUGAGUUCAAUUCCUACAACAGAUUUGAUUUGUGAGGAUUAAUAGCACUUUAUGUAAACAAAUUGCAUUUAUCUUUUAAUUACUGGAGUUCUAUACUCAUUCAAUACUCCUUGAAAGAAUGGCUUGGGCUGUUAUUUUUCCGAGAAGAAAAAAUACAGAAUUAUUAUGUAACUCAGGUAGUGUUGAUAAGCCAUGACUAUGUUGAAUAUUUUCUUGUGUAGUGGCCCAUCUAUGGAUGAUAAUCCCAAUUUGGAAAUUGCUCAUUUGAGCUUUAUUUAAGACACCAAAUAAUUUAAAUAGUAUUUUCUGUCAUUUUCCCUGUUUAGAAAGCACAUGCUUUGAGCUGUUUUAUGACUUUAGUUUGUUUCACUCUGAGCCGUGCAGCUGUAUUUUGCAGCCACACAAUUCUGGUCAAACUGUAAUGUUCAGACUUUGUUUAUCAACAAAGCAAUGGUAUUUUGUUCAUUUGUAUCCUGAUCCAGAGUAUAGCCAGAUAUUGGUUAGCAUCUCUUCCCUGUAUUAUGUACACUGCUUUCCAAAUGCUAAUAAUUCUCAAAGACGUACCAUUAAAACCCAUUAAGGGCAAAUGCCAUCUUGUGCUGCCAAUGUUGUGACAGGGCAGGGAAGCAUCUGUAGGCUAUAUAACAGGGUGAAACAGACUUAUGUGAUGUUACUGUAGUCUUACAAUGAAUACUUUUGUUUUUACAUGUUUUUACAAUGAGAUAGUCUUGGGAAGGGAAAUCAGAGAAUCGCCCACACUCCCCAACCUGGAGACUGCUCUUUAUUAGCACUUAAAAAGUUCAGAAAUAUGCAUUUAUGAAGAUACAACUGUUAAGUGUUGUAGCCUACAAACCAAAAAGGCAAGUUGUUUUGAAUCGGUGAGGGAUUUAAUAUGUGUGUUGAGUUUGUAGGCGUGUGCAUCAGAAUAAGACUGAAUAGUUUGUGGUCCCUACCCCUCCCUUACCUUUUCUUCAGGAUGUGCAAUCACCUCCAUGAUGCUGGGGCAGCCUGUGCUGGAAAUGGCUCAUGUAUUUGGCCAAAGUAAUACAACAUCUGCUGCUCAGAUUGUAAAACAUUUAUUAAGAAGUUUGGUCUGAAAUUGUAGGUGCCAUUUCCAACACGGCUGAGGUCGCAAGUUUGAUGUUUGAGCGGGCGCGUAGCAAGUUCUUCCUCUUAUAUGCAAGUCUCUGGUAUAAUUAAGCUCAUCGCCCUCUUUUGUUGUUGUUACAUGUUCAGGUGCCUGUGUGAAAACGUUAUGAUAAAUUAACAGCAAUUUUGAUUGUUUAAAAAUCUGCUUCCUGCGUAUAUCCGUGCCAUUCUGUAAUGUUUGUUUUUUUUUGUUUUGUUUUUUUUUUAGUAACUUUUGGUUUGCUCUCCUGAAUUGAAAAGUGAAAAACAACCUGAGAGCAUUGAGAGUUUUUUCUUUUCUUUUUUUGUUGAUUUUAAAAUGUUCACUGCUUGUAUUGGGAAUUGUCUGACCUAAAGCCAAAAUCAGUGCUGAUGGACUUUGUGCAAGUCCUAUUUGAUAUGUCUAAAGUAGCACAUAAAAUCAUACAUCUGAACAGAGUUAACAGAUUAGUAUUUAACCAUGUGUUUAUAAUACUAUGUUUAUUUUGAGUUUUAACCUAAUUUAUCCAUAGAUGCACAAGUAGGAUGAAACUAAAAGGAAGACGUCACACUUGAUGAGUUUUUGAUGAUUUUAAUUAUUUGAAUCUUAUAGGCUUAUUUUGCUUCACCGAUUAGCUUUUUUGCCAGCUGAGAAAUCACUACAACACAUUUCUGUUGUCAAGGACAUUUGAAAUUCAUUGUGUUUCUUUUAUUUAUCUGCCUUGUUGUUGAAAAAAGAAGAUUAUCGUAUUUCACCAAAGGAACACCUAAACAUUUCUGCUCAUAAACAAAACCUGGGUCAGAACAUCGACUUUAAACAAGUUUUAUUUUAGUUUUGUCUGAGCACAUGUCACUACUGCAGCAGCCGAAUGUCCGCUAAAAACAACCGUUAACAGUCAACUAAUAGGAAAAUGCUGGACUUUGGUGUUUGUGCAUCAUAAAGCUGUUCCUUUAAAAACAAAUAUGGCCCUGGCAUCUUGUGCAGAUUUUUUUAAAUAGUUGAGUAUUUAAGAAAGUUUACAGUGACAAGGGCAACUUCACUACUAACAGUCAUUUUAAAGAGAUGCACCGGCAUCUUUGUUUUUCAUUCUCAUCUCAGUGACUGUCCUCCUGCCGCACAAAGGCAUAAAGUAGUGUUUGGUUCUCAGAUGUCUUACAAGUUGACAUUUAUGUUAAGUUUUGAUUAUGAUAUUUAAAAUUUUGUUUUCAAUUUUAACAGAAUUGUCACAAUGUCCUGGUUUUGAUUUGUCUAAAGCAUGGUAAUAAUAACCCUCAAGUCCAAACAAUGUAAUAGAUUCAAUAAAAGAAAAACCUCCAGUGUUCACAGUUUUAGUUUCCAUUAAAAUGUCAAAUUUUCAUGAAAA